AUGAGCCUCAGAAGCCAGCAAUAUGGCUCUCGGGGUGAUGAGGAGGGCCAGAGAGAGGAGAGAAAGAGAAGCGCAGUCAAUGCUCCUCAGCUGAGAGGUGAGAUGGUUCCCACCAUGUCUUCGGACAGCGAGGAAGACAACACCAAAAUGGAGGGAUUCCUACGAAGUUGGAGGCAGACCGCCUUCAAUUCCGGCCAAUUCCAAACAGCAAUCUUUAUCGGUGACAAGCUUCUGGCUCUCACAAAUGACGAUAAUGACGCGUUCUGGAUGGCUCAAGUCCAUUUCUCGACGGGCAACUAUACCCGUGCCCAGCGCUUUCUCGAGAGCAGAGACCUAGUCCGAAGAAAUCCCUCGUGCCAGUACCUCGCAGCGCACUGCCUUGUCAAACAGUCGCGUUUCGACGAGGCGCUGGCCGUGCUGGGAGAUCGCGACCCCACCUACCUAAUCAAGUCGAAGGAGACGAGCAAGCGCAAGACCCAAUCGAGCACGAGUGGCAGAACAGCGAGCACCGCGAAAUUGUUACGCGACACACAGAAAGAGACGGAAGCCAUCAAUCGGAGAUAUGAAGCUGGCAUGUGCUAUCUACGGGGGAUCUGCCACGCAAAGCUGAAUGCCUUCGAUCGCGCCAAGGAGUGCUACAAGAAUGCUGUUCGGAUCGACGUUCAGUGCUUCGAGGCCUUCAAUCAGCUGACCAAGAAUGCAUUGCUGUCGUCGGAGGAGGAGUGGGAGUUUCUCCAUUCGCUCGACUUUGAUUCAAUCAGCGCUGCUGGCGACCCUGACACCUCUCAGGAAAUAGCCAGUUACGUUGAAAUGCUCUAUAGCACUCGACUGUCCAAAUAUCAGAACCAUGACGCCUUCAACACGGCCUGUGAGAGCCUUGCCACACAUUACAAGCUCAAGGAUAACGCAGACCUCCUCUUAGCGCGAGCAGAUCUGCUCUACACCCAGUCUCGCUACAAGGACGCACUCGAGAUCACCAACGUUAUACUUGCCGAUGACAAGUACAACUUCAGCAUCUAUCCAAUUCAUCUGGCUUGCCUCUACGAGCUGAAGGAGAAGAAUCUCCUGUUCCUGGUCGCUCAUGAACUUGCUGAUAGCCAUCCCGAGGAGCCAUGCACAUGGCUUGCCGUUGCUAUUUACUAUUACCUGACUGGCAAAAUCGCCGAAGCACGCCGCUACUUCAGCAAAGCCAGCAUGAUGGACGCUCACUUUGGCCCUGCUUGGAUCGGAUUUGCGCAUACAUUCGCAGCGGAAGGCGAACACGACCAGGCGAUUUCGGCCUACUCGACCGCUGCGAGGCUGUUCAUGGGGACGCAUCUGCCGCAAGUGUUUUUGGGCAUGCAGCACCACGCUAUGAACAACAUGACAGUGGCAGAGGAGUUUCUCAACACGGCAUAUGGGCUAUGCAAGACAGACCCAUUACUUUUGAACGAGAUCGGAAUUGUAUACUAUCACCAGAACCGCCUGAAGGAUGCGGUGGAUUACUUCAAGCAGUCGCUUGCGAUUGCUGAGGAGAUUGACAGUGAUCCGCAGGCGUGGAUUGUCGCGCGAACCAAUUUAGGUCAUGCAUAUCGACGGCAGCGAAAAUCUCAGCAGGCCCUCGAAGAAUUCGACAUGGUUCUGCGGGAGGGUGGCAAAGACGCUGCCAUAUUUUGUGCGAAGGGCCUAAUUUACCUUGACACCGGGAAGCCGGAAGAGGCGGUCAAUGUCUUGCAUGAAGCUUUGGCAAUCCACCCUCAGGACCCGAUUGCAACCGAGCUUCUGAUCAAAGCUUUAGACGAGAGUUCGAAUUCCGGCCACAUCCUGGGCGAACUCACUGAUGAUGCAGAGCUGGCCGAGUUUGAGCAAGUUCUGGAGCAGCGUAAACAUGCGGCGACUUCGAAGCUGGCGGCCAAGUUGAAUGGUUCCCAGAACAAGAGCAAGGGUAAAGGCAAGGAGAAAGCCGUCUCGGCGAACGGUUACGGGCAUUUCCAGGGCGUCUCGGCAAGCAUCUUGGUAGGCGUAUAUCGUGAGGCAUACCAGCCAGGCCCCACGAUCAUGACCUACAACAUGUCCUCGACAGGUUUUGGACUUCAAGACAUCGGGCUCAUGCUUGAAAUUAUUUUCAAUGAUUGCCGGUCACAUCUCAAAUCAAGGCUUCUAACGACUGCGAUACUGGGCCGGUUUGAUACCACCAAUGGCAGUGGCGUAGAUCGCGACAAGCAUCAUAGGCGGCUCGCUGGCGAGGUGGAUCAGAAUGCACCUGUUGGUGAUGGGAGUCGUUCACCACACCUUGGCAACUCCCCUCCGUCUGCCCAGACAGCAAAGUCGCCGGCGACUACUGGGAUUCGAGAAUUCGUGGCACGAGUUCAGCCUGCCACAGGAAUUGCACCAAAGCAAUCUGGCAAUAGGCUAAGUCAAUGGCUUUCGAGGAGGAGAAAUGGCUCUUCCGCGGGAUGGAAACCCCAUACGAUGAGAGCACCGGUGCUCUGCGCCGUCGCUGUGAUAUCCCUUUGUAUAGCUGGAGUACUCGAGUUUCUCGCACAGAAGAGCCAGAGACAAGGAGCCCUGGCGCUCUCAUCAUCCACGGACGACAUCCCUAAGUCUGUCAAUAUUGCCUACCUAUACAUGCCGACAACCGUCGCCGUCUUGUACAGUCUUCUCUGGACGUGGAUCGACCUCGAUGUGCGGAGAAUGCAGCCGUGGCUCGAGCUGUCCCGGUCUCACGGCGCCAGGGGAGAGCAGUCGCUUCUUCUGAACUACCCAUUCGAAUUCUUGGCUUUUGUCCCGAUCAAGGCCUGGAAGCAGAGGCAUUGGCCCGUCUUCAUUACAGGCUCUGUCAUGAUGCUCGUCUUCUGGGCAAUAACCCCUCUGCAAGGUGCGAUCUUUGGAAAACAAGCGGUGACGGUAUCCAGGAGUGCUGCCAUGUCCAUCAGCUCGGGCUUCAUUCCUGUUCAGGAGCAGGCGGCUGUGAUGGAUGCUUCGAUCCUCAACGCAGCGUAUGGCACGGCUUGGUAUGAGCAGGACCUACCCGAGUAUACAACAAAUGAAUACGCUUUACUGCCAUUUUUUCCAAUUAACAAGGCGGCCGCAGGAACGGACGAAACGUGGACCGUGAACACUACGAAAUUCGCGACCACCUUGGACUGUUGGCCAUCAACGGUCACAACUACUAUAGAGGCUGUCCAAGGUGGCCAGUAUCUAUUCGACAAUGGUCAGGGUUGUAUACAAAAUAUAUCGAUUAGUGGCGGAAAAGAAGGGUACUACAACAUGCAGUACAUCGGCUAUAAAAGCAAUGCCCAACUUGACUGGCAUCUGGCGAACGCUGAGUGCAGUUCCGAGUUCUCCCACCAAUUUCUCGCCAACAUCGGCCAAGGGUCUGGGACUGGUGCAAACGCCACAUUUGGGAACAUAACUGCUAUGUUCUGUGAGCCGUCUUACACGCAGCAGGAAGUGUCGAUCACGGUGGACGCUACUACGGGCCGACCUUUGGACAAAUCUCUUAUCGAGUUGGCUGCGCCAUCUCUACUCGACAACACUGUCUUCAAUAAUUCGGCUUUCGAGUUCCUAUUGCAUGCCGGCUUUUCAUCGGUGGUAGUUGCCAGAGACUACCCGAAUAACCUGGUAUUGAACCAGUACGCCAAGCUGUACAAAUCAAACAUUUCCUGGCCAACUACGAACAUGGUUGGGUUUGCGAACGGUCUACACAAUGGCACAAUGACUAACUUCCUCAACACCUCCGUGAUACAGGAGACUUAUUCCGCAGCCCACAAACUGGUCUUCUCCACGGCAAUCACGCAACUUGUCUCCGAUGCUGCUCCUCAAAGAACAAGGGAUGGGCUUAUUAAAUAUACGGCUUAUGGCAUAGUUGUUAGCAGACCAUUGUCGAUCGCCGUCGAGAGCUUACUUGCAGUGGCAGCCGUCCUCGCGGUUAUCCUGCUCUGCACCCAAAUGCGUUCGAAAAGCAAUCUUGCCAGCGACCCCGACAGCAUCGCGUCGUUAUUCCCGAAAAUACAGGACCAAGGAAGCCUUCUGUCUCAUCUCUCGACCAAAGACAAUUUGAACGAAGACUCCUUCUAUACUGCUGUUCGCAACGACCGAUAUCGCCUAGAGAGCCGGGACACAGAUGGUCCAGCCUUGCAGCUUCUCCUCCCGAAUCAAACUACACGUCCCAAUGGCCUGGCAAACGUGGUGCCUCUCACGAGCCACCAGUCCAUCUGUCCCAAGGAGUUGCGACUUUCCGUCGGUGCAGUCUUCAUUCUCACUCUCGCAGCUGCCAUCGGCGUCCUAGCGUAUCUCAAGCACCAAGAAUUGUUACUCAAUGGUGGACGCUUGGCGAAGACGACCAUCGAGACGAAAUACGAUUCUCUUCCUCCGCAGUUGGUGGUUUGGCGAGCAGCAAAGGCCGGGCAUUAUAUUCUGGUCCUACUUAGUCUAGUCGUGCUGCUGGCGAAUGUGCUGGCUGUUGGUCUUGGAGCCAUUUUCGACGAGUCGUCAACCUCCGUCUACAUGUCACUGAACGUCACGUCUUCAACAUCCUCAUCAUUGACGCGCGACACGGUCCUGCCGACCGGCGAUGCUUCCCUGUCAAAUAGCCCUUACUUCGACCACUUCUACAUGGUACAGACCAACUUGUCUGCGGACACACGGCUGCCCGCUUGGAUCGACACAGAGUUCGCCUACCUUCCAUUUGCCGAUUUGAGCUCGAAUGACAACACAUCAGCACAAUACAACGCCGUGACCCGAGGCUUCGGUGUCGCAGCAACUUGCUCAGUCCUGCCAACAAGCAACGCUUCGCUCACUCAUGCUGUAUAUCGAUUCAACGUUACAACGGAUAUGGGCAAUCAGGAGUUUGCCGUGAUCUACGGAGACGCUCCGUCUGGUAACACCACAAAGUUCACGACACAAGAAUCGACGGCAUUUUGUGAGUCGAGAAUGUUGCUAGGAUGGUUGCGAUACGACACGGCUCAGCCGAAGCGAGCACCGGACACUGCAUUCCUGGAAUGCACGACCGAGAUGAUAACAGCACAGUUCAACGUCACCGUGGAUUCCGACGGGCGAAUACUUGAGUCUCGCAGGCUGGGACAGUACGAAAACAUCACGGACGUGCUCGGCUUAAAUGCGACGAGCGUUUUGCUGGACGCCAAUACUCUCAUAGGCGAUCGGUCACGGCAGGGCACCGGAGGAGUCAGCGUGCUCGCCUGGCAUAACGACACUCUAACGAGGGACUGGAUGAACUACUACUUGAAGCUGGAGACGAAUUCGACGGACCAUGUUGAUCCGAGCAAGGACCUGCCCGAUAUCACGAGUCUGAUACCCUCCGUCGAGAAGAACUACCAGCGAAUCGGAGCGGCGCUUCUAGGUGCUAAUUCGGACCUCUUCGCGGCCUUUGGGCCAAACCAGACACCACCGCUUCUGGCGGCGACGUUGGUGACACAGGACACCAGAAUAUUUAUGGACGACACGGCGUUUACAAUUAGCAUGACUAUCCUCGGGAUAUAUCUCCUGGUUGGGAUGAUACUAUACGCACGGCAAAGGAAGGUGCUGCUUCCCAGGAUGCCCUCUACAAUUGGGUCAACGAUUGCCUUUGUAGCCGGGAGCCGGGCUGCGAGGAUGUACAAUGGGGUUGAGAUGAAGAAUAAGCCCGCGGAAAAGUACAGCUUUGGCAGAUAUGUUGGGGCGGAUGGGACGGCGCACAUGGGCAUCGAGUUGGAUCCUUAUGUCGUGCUGCUGGACCGGAGGUCGUCGUUGGAUGGCAAGAAGGGUCGGCGGGCCGCUCAGACACUAUCAAAGAAAUCCAUCUUGUAUUCUGAGGUUGUUUGGUCGUUUGAGCCCACGGCCGCGAUCGGCAAAAUGGCAGGCACCAAAGAGGAGCAAGUCGAGACGCGUACCGCCUUUUUCUAUGGCACUUUGAUGGAGCCCCAGGUAUUCUACUCGGUCUGCUACGACAACAGAGAUCCACCCGAGGAGAUCCAGAAGCGACACAGCUUUCAGCCUGCCAUCCUGCAUGGCUACUGCCGACGCCGAGUCCGCGGCGCCGACUACCCGGGCAUGAUUGAGGAUCCUGAUCACACCGUUCGUGGCGCUGUUAUCAGCGGUGUCACGAAAGCCAACCUGGAGCGUCUCGACUUCUUCGAAGGCUCGGCCUACGACCGGCGGGUUGUUCGCCCCAAGCUCCUGACGCAGGUCGGCGAUGAGAAGGGCGAGGGCAACGUGGAGGGAGAGCAAAUCAUCACCGAAUCAUACAUCUUCCUGGACAAGGACUGGCUGGAGGAUAAGGAGUGGGACUUCGCCGAGUUUCGCCGCGACAAACUUAAGAAGUGGACGCGGGCGGGCUACGUCUUUGAGGACUGCGAUCCCGACCAGCCUGCCAGCGUUGCUGCAGCCGUCUGA